AUGCCAACUCAAAAGGAAAGCGAUGCAUCACGAUUAACCUCACUAAACAAAGAGAGGGGAAUCGUUAAAGGUCAGGUAACUCGCAUUCACAAUUACUUCACAGAUCUUACCAUUGAGAGCGCGGACCCUGAGGAGAUCGCAGUAAGAGAACAAAAGCUCCGCGGUUUAUGGGAUCAAUUCGAGAUUGCUCAAGCUAAAAUAGAGGAUAUUCAGGCAGAGGAUGAGGAUCCUAAUCAAUCGGAAGAACAAAAAAGGGAACGAUCAGAGUUCGAAACUACAUAUUAUCAUUCGAUGGCGUUGGCCAAACGGCUCCUUGCGCCAACGACACCACGCGACACACCAGGAGCUUCGAGACCACUCAGGACUCCAGCAGUCGACGAACCAGAGGGAGUUGCGACAUCCAGCAUAAAAUUGCCGCAGCUCAAUCUCCCUAAGUUCGAUGGCAAUUAUUCGCAGUGGCUGUCAUUCCGAGAUUCAUUUCAAGCGCUCAUCGAUGAGUGCAAUACCUUGUCAGAUAUUCAGAAAUUUUAUUAUUUGCGCUCUUCGCUUCAAGGAGUCGCUGCUCAAGUAAUAAACUCCCUAGAAACCACGGCGGAUAAUUAUCACGAAGCAUGGGAAUUGUUAAAGACGAGAUUUGAGAAUAAACGUCUGAUGUUACACCAUCACGUACAUUCGCUCUUUGACAUAACCUCGAUUCCAAAGGAAUCAGCUUCACAGCUUCGUAAACUCGUAGACGAUAUCCUUAAACAUUUACGAGCGCUCAAAACACUUGGUCAACCAACUGAUCAAUGGGACUGUCUCAUGAUUUAUUUAGUAAGUUCUAAAUUAGAUGCAGCCACAAGGCGUAAAUGGGAAUCAAGUAUCACGACAAAUACUCCUCCGACAUUUAAGCAACUCACAGAUUUCUUGACACAACAUUGCUCAGUAUUGGAGACCUUGCAGCCCGCGAAACUUACAACUAACAAAGUGCAAGCCGAACGGAAGGAUAAGAAACCAGAACAAACUACUUCAUGCGUGAGCACUAAAGAUACUUCCAAGGCUUGUCCAACAUUCAUUCGGUUGAGAAAUGCUUGGCGGGCGGAUGUAAGCGAUGUGGUAAAAAACACGUUAAUCCAUUAUGACCGACCGCGUGUCGAGAAUCAGAGCGAAGCUUCGCCUAGUGAAGGGAGCAGCAUCAAGUCAGAUACUCGUAAUAAUAAGUCAAAGGAUCAAUCAGAUCAAGUUUCAUUAUCGCAAUGCGUGGCUAGGAAGAGACCGCAAGGCUUACUGUCUACAGCACUAGUCCUAAUUUACGAUAAGUCAGGUCGAUCGCAUGUGUGCAGAGCUCUUUUGGAUUCGGGAUCUCAGUCGAAUUUGAUCACGACGCAGUUUUGCGACAAACUACAGUUAACAAAGUACGAGGCAGAUGUUUCGAUCUCUGGCGUCAACUUAAACCGCUCUACUGUUAAGAAAUCCGUUCACGCGACGAUUAAAUCACGAGUGAACGAAUUCAAAUCAAAUCUUUCGUUUCUAAUUCUGGAUCAAAUCACCGAAAACUUACCAAUGUCCGGAAUCGAUAUUCAACAGAUCACAAUUCCAGAUAAUAUUGUCCUAGCAGAUACGUCUUUUCACAAGCCGGGGAAAAUCGACAUACUUCUCGGAGCCGGUGUAUUUUGGAGACUGUUGUGCGUAGGACAACUCCACAUGUCAGGCGGUCAAUUAAUACUACAGAAAACUAAACUAGGUUGGAUUGUGUCGGGUAACAUUUUGCCAACUAAGAUGAAGCACGCUGACACAGAGAUAGUAACAUGUGGAGUAGCUUUUGAGAAGACCCUCGAAGAACAAGAACAACUAUGCGAGGAGGAGUUUAAGACAACGCAUCGUAGAGAUCAAGAUGGACGAUUUAUUGUUGGACUUUCAUUUCGUCAAGACAUCGAUCAGUUGGGAGAAUCCCGUAGCACGGCAGUCAAACGCUUACGAGCACUGAACCGGAGAUUGGAUCGACAACCCGAACUGAAAAUGCAAUACAAGGCAUUUUUAGAUGAGUACCUCACAUUAGGCCACAUGACAGAAGUCAACAGCUCCGACGUCCAGAACGAGACAUUGUACCACUACAUUCCGCAUCACGCAGUGUUAAAAGAAUCGAGCACAACGACUAAAUUACGCGUUGUUUUUGAUGCAUCGUGUAAGACAUCUACCAACGUUUCUCUUAAUGACAUCUUGCGAGUCGGCCCUACUAUUCAGCAAGAUCUGUUUGCAAUCGUCGCUCGUUUCCGACAACAUCAAUACGUUAUUACUGCAGAUAUAAUAAAAAUGUUUCGGCAGAUACAAUUACGAGAUGAUCAACGCGAUCUUCAGAGAAUCCUGUGGCGGUCAGAUUGGAGUCAACCGAUAAAGGAAUACAGAUUAAAUACAAUCACAUAUGGACUCGCCACAGCACCGUUCCUCGCAAUCCGAUGUCUUCAUGAAGUGGCUUAUCAACACGAACAGGAGUCUCCAUUCAUCAGUAACAUCAUUCUGAACGACUUCUAUGUCGAUGACCUGCUUACCGGUGGCGAUACGAUAGAGCAAGUCAAGAUCAUUAAGAAAGAAAUCAGUCGAAUAUUGCUCACCGGCAGAUUUCCACUUAGGAAAUGGAAUUCAAACACACCCGCCAUUAUCAUAGAUGAAAUCGAGAACACAUCAGCGGAUGAUCAACCUAUUGGAGACGAGGUCAAGACACUGGGACAUUAUUGGAAUCCACUGGAUGAUGUUCUUCGAUACAAGAUAAACACGAAGAGUGACAACACACGAAUAACGAAGAGAACACUCUUAUCACUCAUAUCCCAGAUUUACGACCCACUAGGCUUAGUUGGGCCGGCUUGUAUCAGAGCCAAAAUCAUCCUUCAGCAGCUCUGGCGUCUAAAAAUCGGAUGGGACGAAUCUCUGCCAGCCGAUUUGCAUACCAUGUGGGUGCAAUAUUACAGCCAGUUGUCUUCUAUCAGUAGCAUCUCAAUUCCACGACUCAUCGUUUGCGCAAAUCCUAAGAAGAUUGAACUUCAUGGAUUCUGUGAUGCAUCCGAGAGUGCCUACGGAGCAUGCAUUUUCAUUCGAUCACUCACCGUCGAGGGAGAAUAUUUAGUAAGGUUACAUUCAGCGAAGUCCAGAGUAGCUCCUUUAAAGGUCAUCAGUAUACCGAGGCUUGAAUUAUGCGGAGCCCUUCUGCUUGCGCGACUCGUGCGCAAAGUUCUGGAGGCGUUAACCUUAUCAAUCGAUGAGAUACACUAUUGGUCGGAUUCACAGGUCACAUUAGCUUGGAUCGCCGGAGAGCCAACUGAGUGGAAGACCUUUGUAGCGAACAGAGUCGCUGAAAUACAGCGACUAUCCAAUAAGAACUGCUGGCAUCAUGUGUCUUCUAAGGACAAUCCCGCGGACGUAUUGUCACGUGGCAUCAACCCAGAGCAAUUGGAGAAUUUUAGAUUAUGGUGGAACGGCCCGCCAUGGCUAUCUCAACACAUCGACAUAUAUCAUAAAUCUAAACCAAUCGAUGAAGAAGUUAUAAACACAAGUGUCGUCGAAGCAGCAGAGCAAAUACCCGUUCUCAACAACGUUAUUCAAGAGUUUGACUUGUUAGAGCGAUAUUCUUCUUGGUCAAAACUUAAAAACAUAAUGGUAUACUGCUUACGAUUCAUUCGCAAUGUCAAACAAUUGUUGGUGACAAGGAAAUCUAGAGACUCUAAUAAUCGACAAUCCACCCUGAAUCCAACAAUAAAGGAGAUACAGUUGCCAUCGGUAGAAGAGUUAGAGCAAGCAACUACAACGAUCCUGAGACUCAACCAAGCACGAGAUUUCCCGCAAGAAAUACGAGAUUUGACAAGUAGGCGCAAGUUGCAAGGAAAUAGCAAACUAUUGUCAUUAAACCCGUUCAUCGAUGACAAUGGGCUUAUACGAGUUGGAGGACGCCUUCGGCAAGCUCCAUUGCCGUACACACAGCGUUUUCCAGUAGUGCUAUCGUCCGGCGGUCAUAUCACGAAACUAAUCAUCCGAGAUCAACAUGUGAGAAAUUUGCACGCCGGUCUGCAAGCAUUAUUAAGUAUCAUAGGCGAGAAAUAUUGGAUCUUAAGUGCACGAUCCGCGGUCCGAAGAGUUCUGCACGGGUGCAUCAUCUGUUUUCGUACGAGUGCAAAGAAUCCUCACCAAUUAAUGGGUGACUUGCCUGAAUGUCGAGUCACGCCCUGCCGCGCAUUUCUAAACGUAGGGGUAGAUUACGGAGGACCGUUCAACGUUAAGGUCUCACGGAACAAAUCAUCCAAGGCAUAUUUAUGUUUAUUUGUGUGUCUCGCAACGCGUGCGGUACACCUAGAACUUGUAACCGAUCUCAGCACUGCGGCAUUUCUCAAUGCAUUACGGCGGUUUAUUGCGCGGCGAGGUAAAUGCGCGAAUAUUUACUCAGAUAACGGCUCUAAUUUUGUUGGCGCCAAUAAUGAGCUCAAGGCUCUGUUGAAUUUACUACGAGACAAAUCUCAUCAGUCAGAGGUAUCACAGUAUUUAUCCGAUCGAUCAAUUAAGUGGCAUUUUAUACCGCCCUACUCUCCCCACAUGGGUGGCAUUUGGGAAGCCGGCAUAAAGUCCGCCAAGACGCAUCUGAAGCGAGUUCUUGGCAAUCCACUCGUGACAUUCGAGGAAUUCUACACAUUAUUGACAGAGAUUGAAGCAAUUCUUAAUUCUAGGCCUCUGACACCGAUGUCGAGUGAUCCUAAUGAUUUCUCUGCUCUUACCCCGGGUCAUUUUUUGAUCGGUUCAUCCUUGACUGCUAUACCUCAGGUGGAUUUGCAGGACACCGUUUCAAAUCGUCUAACUCGUUACCAAUUAUUGAUUAAAUUAUUACAACACUUUUGGUCUCGAUGGAGUAGAGAAGUGUUAUCUCAAAUGCAGCCCAGAAAUAAGUGGAAGAGCUGUAAUCUUACUGAUUCAUUGAAACCUGACACGCUUAUAAUUCUAAGAGACGAUAGAUUGCCGCCACUACAAUGGAAGCUUGGUCGCAUAACAGAGAUUCAUCCUGGAAAGGAUAAACUUGUUCGAGUCGUUAGCAUCAAGACUAGCAAUGGUAUUGUACAACGUAGCCUUUCAAAGAUUUGUAUCGUACCGACACUCGAUUAG